CUCUGGUAUAAACAUUCAUGAAGUGAGUUGUGAUGUGGUUAGCUGUCAACUAACAAAGUAAUUGCUGGUGCAGCAUUAUAUAUACACAUUGAGAGAGUCCAUGUUAGCCCCUGUUCAGAUCAAUAGAGAAGUGGUUGCCUGUCUGCUUUGAAAUCUGGCCUUUAUUUUUCUCACUUAACUACUUCUCAAGAGCCUGACAUUAGUAAUCAAUGAGUCUGGGAAUUCACAGCAGCAAAAGCCCCUCCUUUUCACAUUCUGUUCAAUAACUACUAUAAGCUGCCUUCAUCUUUUCCAGACCAUUUUUAUAGUGAGCUAGUUAGCUGACCUCAUUAUCAGUUUAUUUGGACCCAAAACAAAAAUGGGUCGUUUUGUGUCUGUGCUCUGUUUGGCUGUGCUGUGCUGCUUGAGUCCGGUGUCCCACUGCGACGGAGACGGCGGCGUGGACCCGAUUGUUCCGGCGGAGCUCUUGCGGGAUUCGGCUUCGGCUGCGGUUUUCAUCGGGUCGUUGAGGACAACCAUAGACGUCGUCCGGCAGGUGACCUCCAUUGUGUCGAAGUUUGGGACUUUCUUUGGCGGAGAUUUGAGGCUUUCAAACGCGGUCUCCGAUUGCCUUGACCUGCUUGAGCUUUCUGCGGAUGAGCUCUCCACCACUCUCUCUGCUUCUCAGCAGCUCAAUUACGGUAAAAAGGAAAAUGGCACUACUGGAAAUUUGAGCGUGGAUUUACGAACAUGGCUGAGCGGCGCAAUGACCAAUCAGGACACAUGCUUAGAUGGCUUCGAAGGAACCAACGGGUUCGUCAAAAAUCUGGUUUCCGGCAGCCUGACCCAAUUAGGUUCUUCGGUCCGCCAAGUUCUAGACAUGGUCCGCCCAACUCCCGGGCCCAAGCCCAUUGGCAGGAACCUCAGGGAAAAACUCCCCUAUUGGCUCAAACACAACGACCGGAAACUUAUCCAGGUCGACGGACUUAUGGCGGACGCCGUGGUGGCGCUCGACGGCUCCGGGAAUUACACGUCACUGACCAGCGCCAUCUCCGCCGCCCCUGAGAUGAGCAACCGGCGAUACAUAAUCUACGUCAAGAAGGGCGUGUACAGAGAAUAUGUAGAGAUCGGGAAGAAGAAAUGGAACAUAAUGCUGAUCGGAGAUGGAAUGGAUGUCACCAUUUUUACCGGCAAUAGAAGCUUUAUUGACGGCUGGACCACGUACAGAUCUGCAACUUUUGCCGUGAAAGCCCGAGGAUUUAUAGCACGGGACAUGACAUUUGAGAACACGGCGGGGCCGGAAAAGCAUCAGGCAGUGGCUUUCCGAUCCGACUCCGAUCUAUCAGUGCUAUUCCGGUGUGCGAUUCGGGGUUACCAAGACACGCUCUACGCCCACUCCAUGCGCCAGUUCUACCGGGAAUGCAAGAUCACCGGCACGGUGGAUUUCAUCUUCGGCGACAGCACCACCGUCUUCCAGAGCUGUGAGAUCUCCGUCAGGAAAGGUCUCCCCAGCCAAAAGAACACCAUCACCGCGCACGGCCGCAAGGACCCGGCGGAGCCGACCGGAUUCUCCAUCCAAUUCUGCAACAUUACGGCCGAGCCGGACGUGAUCGCCGCCGCAAACACCACCGCCACGUAUCUCGGCAGGCCGUGGAAGCUCUAUUCGCGAACGGUGUUUAUGCAAUCGUAUAUGGGUAGCGCGAUCCGACCCGAAGGCUGGCUCGAAUGGAAUGGCACUUUCGCUCUGGACUCCCUGUUUUACGCGGAGUUUUCGAACUACGGGCCCGGGUCGGGUAUGGGUACCCGGGUGAAGUGGCCCGGUUUCCACCUGAUGAACAACUCGGCUCAAGCUCAUAAUUUCACGGUCGCUGAGUUCCUUUUGGGUGACUCAUGGUUACCCUCAACGGGCGUGAAAUACACCGCAGGGUUAACGGGUUAAGCCUGAUUUGGAUUUGGAUUUGGAUUUGGAUUUGGACAUUUUUGCCCGGUUCAUUGUAUGCAUGUAUUGAUCGUACACUUAUGGGGAGGGACACAUUGAUGUAGUACGUGUUGCCCUUUUCUCCACGUUCAAUUUGAUCACCGGUAUAGUAUUACGGGGUCAUAUUUUUAAUUUUUUAAGAUUGAUGCAAAGCUUUGGUGUUAAUAAUAAAUUAAUAAUCGUGCUAUAACAAUUUCGAAUUGAGUACUCUGCUUUCAUAUUUAAUUUUACUUUAUUGGUUCAAAUAUAGCCAUAUAGGGUCCAUGUUUAUCGAAUUGCAAUUCUUGAAUUUUAC